GGACCCAGGCCAAUGACCUCAACUUCCAGCUGUACCUGCUGGAUGGGCUCACCAGGUGGAACCAGGACCGGGCUGCUGCUGCUGUGACUGAGAGUAGAUCAGCCCUCCUCAGCUACUCGGGGGACCUGGUGCAGUGUGUCAACACACACGGCUCCAAGGUGUUUGGACGGAAGUAUGUCCCCUCCUUCCGCCCCCCCCGCCAAGUACACUGGAGAGUUGAUAGGUGUCGACUACCUCUACAGGCAGACGGGGAACAGCAUGCAGGACAUGGAUCCUGAGUCUGAGGGCACAGAGCAGCUGCUGGAGGACUUGGCCCUGGGCGACGAGGCAGAGGAUGAGGGCUUCCAGGAGGACGUCAUUGACCCCACAGUGACGAGUCUGGAGGUCAUGUCUGCCUUCAUCGCCACUGCACCACCUGCCCAAUUCUCCUCCAGUGGUUACUGGUGGUCCUCUCUUCCGCCGCCACCACCACCACCUGCUCAGCCCUCCACCAGUGGUUCCUGGUCCUCUCUUCCACCUCCUCCUUCUCCGCCGCCACCACCACCACCACCUGCCCAGUCAUCUGCUGUCACCGCUCCGGGUGCUGCCCCACAGGUUCCUGUAGAGCAGUCGGCAGUGGAUGUAAACAACAUCCCGGGCCUGGACAGGGUGGACCGCCUGCCGGAGUAUCUGGUGGGGCUGAGGAACCAGACCAGCCUGGCCCUGAGUAACCAGGACGUCAGCAGCAUCGUGGGCAUGUGGGAGGACCUGCUGCCCUACGACCAGCAGAAGGUGGUCUUUUCUGCACGGCACCAGGACAGGCUGCUCACUGGGCGAUUCAGGUCGCCCAAAAAAAAGGCUGAGUUCACGCCUGGUGUGGAGAGUGUCAGGAGGUGCACCAUAGCAUCCACUGCAUCUCCUGCACAGUGGCCAGACUGCUGCCGUGUCCUAGAGUCCAUCUUCGUCAGGCUCUGCAACAUCCACAAGUGUCCGUCCAAAAAGGGGAAGAUGGACAAGCGCCUGACGAGAUGGACUCUGAUCCUGCAGGACUACCGCAGGAUAAGGCAGCUGAUCCUGGCCAAUGGGGCCGUGAUGACCAGCACCUCCCUGCAGCUGGUGGAGGUCAACCAGACCACCCUCAUACAGUGGCACAACAAGAGGGUGGCCAGGCAGGAUGUAUCAUUGUUGUGCCAGGGGGUUGACCUACCUGCCCCCAUCCCUGUGGCCACCGAGGCCUUACCAGCGGCUAUUGUCCGCCCCGCUAUUGCUCCUCAACAGCCUGGUGUUGAGCACAAGUACCAUCUUCCAGAGAGCACAAGGGGGCGGGCAAAAACCAAGAAGAGGAAGGCCACCGCUACAGCCACCGCUACAGCCACCGCAGUACCAGCUGUAAGGCCCCGGAUGGCCACAGAGAGGCAGCUGUAUCCCCGUCCUCCUCAGUUUGGAGCCCCUGCCCCUGUCUGCAGCAGCACCCCUGCCCUCAGCCGUGCCCCUGCUCUGGUUGGCUUUGCCCACCCAGGCCUCACCCAAGCCCCUGCCUUCUUCGUGACCCAAGCCCCUGCCUUCUUUGGCACUCCUGCCCUCCCCCAAGCUCAAUCCCACCCCAGUGCACCCCCCUUUGUGUUUGCUGUCCCCUCAGCAGUGCCUCCACAUGCCCCCCCCCGAAAAAAAAAGACAUAUAACAGGACUGGGGAAGCAAACAAAUGCCGAAAGUGUGGGGAGCCCCGGACUGCAUUUACUGGACACAGCCAGUUCAGGGGGACCAUUUACUGCCCCUCAAUUGAGCAGGUGACAAAGGAGCAGUGGUUGGAGGGAAUGCGGAAGAGUAAAUAAACAUAUAUUUCUUUUUAAGAAAGUCUUUUUCUGUCUUUUUUUCUGCAACUAUAACUAUUUCUAUACAACUUUAGUGGUUUAACAAACAACUAUAGGUUAGUUUGGAUUUAUUUCGGACAUGUAA